UUUCCCUUCACUUAAUUAAAGGAGACAAUAGCUGCAUUUAAAAAAUGUGUAACAUCCAUUUCAAAAGCCUGUCCCACAGAAAAUAGAAUCUUGGAUUAACAGUUCAAUUCUCAUUGUAUGAAGAGGCUGAGCAGACAGUUAACUGACAUUCUGGAAACAUUCUGGAAAGACUACUGUGAUUGUUGAAUUGAGGACCAAAGAAAAGGACUAAGAGAACAAGAUACAAUCUCUAUCUUAAAAAGAAAUGGAAAGUUCUUGAGAAGUCUUUAACUCAUAUCCUAAGAUAACUAACUGAAGGAUAGGACUGUGUUUCCAGAGCUCAGCUCAGGUCCUGGCCAGGCUGGCACAAAAACCAAUCACCAGGUGAAGAGACAAGGGCAGUCAUUUCAAGAAUGGAGCUGGGGAGACUGGAAAUCCCGGCUGAGUUGUCCGCUGUGCUGAAGACCUCUGAAGGUCGUCGGCAUGUCAUGGCAGAAAACAUCACAGAAGCCCUUCCCCCAGAGGUCACAGCUCAGGACGAACUGGCUCUCCCUCCUGACAUUGACAGAUUCCCCUUUUCCAGCUUCAUCUCUGAAAACUUUCAGAAGCCAACCCUGCCCACUCUGGGACAGCCCCUGACGUCACCUCUGACUCAUCUGGAUAGGGUUAGCCUUCAGCUUGCCCUGGAUGUCAACAAAGUGAUGUUACGGCUCCUGGGUGACCUAUCACUUCAGUCCUGGCAGGAACAGACCCUGGGCACAUAUUUGGCCCACCAGGGGCAGUGCCACCCUGCCCUGAGAAAUGAGAUCUUUUGCCAACUUGUGACCCAGCUAUGGCACAACCCAGACGAACAGCAGAGUCAUCGAGGCUGGGCACUCAUGGCCAUUCUGCUCAGUGCCUUCACCCCAACAACAACCCUUCAGAAGCCACUGCUCAAGUUUGUGUCUGACCAUGCUCCAAAGGGUAUUGCAGCUGUGUGCCAGCACAAGCUCUUGGGGGCAUUGCAACAGUCCCAGUCAGUGGUCAACAGUGUCCGUGCCUACCCACCUACGCAGCUGGAGUGGAUUUCAGGGUGGCGAUGUGGGCGUAUGGUCCUCGAUGUCUUCACUUUCAGUGAAGAGCGCUACUCAGCAGAAGUCAAAUCCUGGACCACAGGGGAAGAGUUUGCUGGGUGGAUCCUACAGACCAGGGGCAUAGAGCAGCCUAUACGAGGCUGGUCAGUGUCUCUGAUCUCUGGAGAUUCCUGGCAGGACUUGGCAGGCUGUGACUUUGUGCUGGAUCUGAUUGGACAGACCGAGUACUUAGGGGACCCCAGUGCCCCUGACAGCUAUCCCAUCACCCCUCAUAAUGGGACUUCUGAAGACAUCCCCUCACCCCCAGGAAUCCAGGCUCCUCUCUUGACUCCAGCGCCACCUCUAGGUCCUGCCCCAUCACUGCCUCAAAGGAGCUACCCAAGGCAACCCCAGAGCUCUAAGAGCUUGGAUGGGUUCCUGGAUAACCUUUUUGACCCUGUGCUCUCCCCAGGGUCCAGGCAGGGUCUAGAACAAACCAGGGCACUGAACAGCCGAAUGAAAGGUGGCGGAGGCAUUGGGACUCAGCAAGGAGGCUACUCCUUGAUGUAUCCAGGGAUGAUGCAGAUGCCGAACUACCAGCCUGCCAUGGGGGCAAUGAUGCCGGCACCUGUGCCACUCAUGCCAGCAAUACCAUCAAUGCCAUCUGUGCCUUCAAUGGGUGGAGUCCCAGCCAUGCCAGGCAUGAUGAUGCCAUCCCAGUCCCAGCCAGUGGUGCCCACACUCAGUGCCGAAGAGCUGGCUGCACAGCAGCAGAGCUUUAUCAACCAGCAAGCCAUGAUCUUGGCUCAGCAAAUGACCACCCAGGCCAUGACUCUUUCCCUGGAGCAGCAGGCCCAAAUUCAGCGCCUGAGCCAGGCCUCCAUAUAUGCGCCCCAGCUCACUCCCAGCACUCCCAAACCAAAGAAGUCCCCAGCUGUUGUCAGCAAAAGCUCACCUGUUCUUAAGGCAGAGCCCCAAAGGAGCCUGGAACCGGCAGAGAUUCCAGAAGUGGAGGAAGAGAAACUGAGGCAACCCAAUACCUUCCAGGAGAAACGGGAUUAUUUCCAGAAGAUAGGGCAAGAAUCUAUUUGGUUGAAGAAGGUGAAGCCACUUGCAAAGGUGCCCAUCCCUCAGAGGGAGAUAGAGCAAGGAGAGGAGGAGGAAGAAGAAGAGGAGGAGGAGGAAAUCAAAGCACCUUCUCCUCCCCCAGUGGUCAAGAAACCACUUAACAAAAAAGAGGGAGGAGACAAAACUAAGAAUGAAGAUGGUGCUGGAGCCAAAGCACGAGAUGAAGUGAAAACUAACAUUAGCCCACAAGCCAAAAGCCAAAAGGAGAGUAAGGAAAGGCCUCCAGGAGCCGUGGUACGAAGCUCAAAACCAGCCCACAAACUAGAAGAACCCAGCAGAGAAAUCCGAAACAUCAUCAAGAUGUACCAGAGCCGCCCUGCACCAGCGCCUGAACCCAUCCAGCCUGCCAGGAAGCCUCAAAAAUCUUUCAUAAAGAAGAAUGACCCCAAGGAUGAGGCGCUGGCCAAACUGGGUCUUAGUGGCAACUGUCUGCCUCCUCCGGCAUCAGCUCUGGGCCCUAAGAGGGACUCACCACCACCUGUUCCAAGUCGGCCCAAGUCCCCCAUCUCCUUUGGAUCGUCUAGCUCCAUCAAAGAGAAGCAGAGACCACUGAAGGAUUUGUUUGCCCCAGUUCAAGACAUGACCUCAAUUCCUGAGUCUCCAUCAUCUCCACCUCCACCUCCACCUCCACCUCCACCUUCCCUUCCACCGGAGAGCCCAGCUCCACCCACAUCAGACCCAGUUCUGUCCAUGAAGGAUGAACAUAUCAGUACUAAGUUGCUUCCUCCCUCAAGCAGUGUUUGCUUUGCUUAUGCCAGUGCCACCUGGAGGCUGUUCCUUCAAAAAGAGGUGUUCUACCCCCGGGAGAACUUCAAUCACCCCUACUGUCUGAGACUUCUUUGUGAACAAAUCCUGCGUGACACUUUCACUGAGUCCUGUAUCCGAAUCUCUCCAGAUGAACGGAACAAGAUGAAAGCUAUGCUAGCGGACUUGCAGGUGGGUAUGAAUGCCAGUUCCAUCACUGAAGACAGUAUCAAGAAGAGAAUUGUGGUAGCUGCCCGAGACAACUGGGACAACUACUUCUCUCGCAUCUUCCGUGUCUCGGGGGAGAGUGGCAGUGAUGUACAACUUCUGGCUGUGUCUCAUCGGGGCCUUCGCCUGCUCAAAGUUGUGAACAAUGCCACCUUCUUCACAGACCACCUCAAGACCCUCUGCAGCUACAGUUUUGCAGAAGUCCUGGAGGUAAAGGCCGAAGGACAUGGCAUUCUCCAAUUUUCCUUAAGGAAUGAGAAACUAAUACUGCGCACAACUCAAGCCCAGACCAUCAAGUCCAUGGUGGAGUUGUUUCUGAAUGAGCUCAAAAAAGACUCAAGCUAUGUUAUUGCCCUCCAGAGCUAUGUCACUGAUGACCGAAGCCUCCUGAGCUUCCGCUGUGGAGAUAUCAUUAAGUUGCUGCCCAUGGCCUCCCUAGAGCCAGGGUGGCAAUUUGGCUCCAUCGGGGGUCGAUCUGGGCUCUUUCCUUCCAACACGGUGAAAGUGGCUGCUGUGCCUGACUACUUCACCUUCCCCAAGGAACAGAAGGAUGGGUGGCAAAGGAGUCUUCCAAGAGGAGAAACAAGAUUGUCUCCACAGCACUGGGCCACGGAGUGUGAACACACCCACACCCAGGCACCCAGUGAGUCCUCUGUGGUGACCAGCUCUGUCUUCUUGGAUGUCAGCUCCACUCUGUCUACUACUACCAGCACUUACGCCAUGUGGGAGUACGCCCAGAAGUACUUCCGGCCGAUAAAGACCUCGGAGGGCCAGAUGGUGUCAAAACAUCAUGCCAGAAGCCUGGUGCAACAUACCAAGACUCCCAUCCAGAAAUCUCUUACCAACUUAACCUCUGAGGAGCUGAACAAGCUAGCUGUGCAGAACUUCAGGGCUGUGAUGCAAUUUAUGGGUGAUCAGCCCAAGAAGAAAGAUGACUUGGAUAUACCAUUUGAGAUGCUGCAGCUGUGCCGGGAAAACAACCUGAAAGAUGAAAUUUACUGCCAGCUCAUCAAACAGGUCACAGAGAACCCCCAACAGGAACACUGCAUUCGGGGAUGGUACCUCCUUAACCUCCUCACUGGUUACUUCCUCCCCUCAUCCACCCUCAUGCCCUAUGUCAUUAAGUAUCUGCAGGAUGCUGCCCUCAAUCAAGAGCUGGCCCAGACAUGCGAAGAACAUUUACAACACACAGUCAAAUACGGAGGCCGCCAGCACCUGCCCACUAUAGGCGAGAUGAAAGCCUUCCUGAAGGGGCAGACCAUCCGACCACUGUUGCUCCACCUACCUGGAGGGAUGGCAUACAAGACUAUCAUCCAGACCUUUACAGUAGUGGCAGAAGUGCUGGAGGAGGUAUGCAGACAGAUGGGCAUCAGAGAGCCCCUGGAGAUGCAAGAGUUUGCCAUCUUCCUCAUCAAGGGAAAAGGUGUACUAGUGAGGCCUCUGCACCGCAACGAGUACCUCAACAAUGUGAUGCGGGAAACUGAUGUGGAGUUGCAUAGCCGCCGGCUCACCUGGGACACCCCACUGCAUUAUGAAAAUGAAGUCUACGUCAGCACACACUAUGGCCAGGUACAUCGGGAUUACUUGCAGGGAAAGCUGUUGAUUAGCACCCAACCCCAAGUUGAAGCUCUACUAGCUCCUCUGGUGGCCCUGCAGCACCUAAGCAGAGAGAUCAGCUAUCUGCCUUCUGAGCAGGACCUGCUGAGAUACGUCCCACAGCCACUACAGCUGCAGGUAAAUUUGCAGAUCUUAGGGAAUUUGGUGAAGAGCCAGCUGAUGGCCUUGAAGAGAUAUAGCCGCAGAGAAGUACAUAUCAGCUUCAUUGAGGCUAUGAAACACCUUCCUCUCUUUGGAUACACCGUGUACAGCGUACUGCGGGUGAGUGAGCCAAUAAUCAUCACCCCGUGCUUACUGGGCCUCAACCAUCAACACCUCAUCUUGGUGGAUCCUACUUCUCAGGAACAAUGCUAUUCCAUCCCUCUGAAGGCCAUACAGAAACUACGUCAGCUCGGUCCCCUGGACGACACCGCAGGGUUGGAGCUCUACUAUGGGUCUUCUGCCAGCCCCAAGACCAUCUGGUUCGAGUUGCCCCAGGCCCAGGAGUUACGGCACAUCCUUGUCUUCUUAAUGGAGUACAGUACCUCUACCUAGCCUGGCCCAGUUCAUUCCAAGUUGAAUGGGGUAGGAGUGGGGAGACAAAGACCGUUUUUCUCCUCUUCCCUCUCCUCCACACUCCUACCCUCAGCAAUCUCCUCCUGUUGGUGAGCUAACGUUUCCUGGUGUUGCUGCCCCUGCUCCAAGCGGGGGCAGAAGAGCAUGGGGGUCCUGGGUAUGAGGAUGACACCUCCCUUUGUGGCUGGGGCUGAGCUGCAGGCAGGAAUUAGGCAGCACGUGCUCAGCUCAAGCAGCUAAAUCCUGUAUGCUCUUGGUGCCAUCAGGGUGCAGGACCUACUUCCUGCUCAUCCUUACCCAGGUCCAGCCCCAGGCCUGGUGUGGACAGAUGGCAGAGAAAA